ACCUGAUCUAGCUAGCACUGGCAUGAGUAAUAAUUCAGAAGUAUUCAGAAAUGACACAGGAUUAAAAAGCAGCUUAAUUGUGUGACCUCGAUUUCAGGCAGAUUAAGUAAGAGAAAGGGCUAGGUCCGGGGAUGAGAUUUGCCCGUUACAGCUGUCCACAGUGACAUAACAGCCAGUCACUCGCAGGCCUGUUGAGUGAGUGAAUGAGACAGUAUCUCUUUGAUGGUGCCUAGAAAAAGAAUAUUAUGAGGUGGCUUCAAGAUGCAAAAAUAGCCAUUUGUGCUGGUGGCGGGCAACUCACAACAACGCACGUGUGUGCAGGCGGGAAGAAGGAACGCGUCUCAGUGCAAUGAAGGUUAUUAAUGAAGAUGGAUUGAUAAGCAGACAAGUCCGAACUUUCCCAGUGUUUUUCUUUCUGCUAUUCAUGCUUGAGAAAACCUGGUAACAGGGCGACAACGCAGUCAGCAAUGAAAGGUGAACUGUUACUAGUUUCAAGCGUCAUUCUGGCGUUCCACGCAGCCUGGGGAUGCCCUGAGACUUGCACAUGCCAGCCCUCAGCAAAGAUGGUUGACUGCAGCUACAGAGGACUUCUGGAAGUUCCGAGUCAUUUACCGCCACAAACUCAGGCACUUUACUUGCAGGGUAACCAGAUUCAAGUUAUUACUCUGACAUCUUUUACAAAUGUUCCUGGUCUCAGAAUUUUGGACUUGUCCAACAACUCCAUCUCAAGAGUUCCACCAUAUGCCUUCCAUUACCUUCGUUCCCUGCAGGCCCUGAAUCUCACCAACAACCGCAUCCAUAAUCUCGAAGGCCAAGUGUUCACACCUCUUCUUGCACUUAAGGAGCUGGACUUGUCUUACAACAACAUUAGUGCUUUGCCAGAAUCCUUGGGAAACAACACCCAAAACCUGACCUUUCUUGGACUGAAAUAUAACCAACUGCAAACUGCGGACAGGAUGGUGUUAGACACAUUUCCAAAUCUAAAAGUUUUGCUUGCAAAAUCCAACCCCUGGCAAUGCAACUGCCCGGUUUUGGGCCUAAAGCUUUGGCUGGAGAACUUAUUAUAUAAAGGAGGAAUUAUUGAUGAGCUGAUCUGCACAAGCCCUGAAAACCGAAAGGGAAAAGAUCUUCUUAAAAUCCCCUUUGAAAUGUUCAAGAGUUGCCCUCCAUUCACUGCUUCAUUCCCAAUGGCCAAAAUCCACCACCACAGCUCGGAACACAGGUAUAACGGACGACAUGGACAUCACAUGGAUAUCACAGAUGGUAGUCAUUCCGGAUGCGAGCCAAAACCGAAACCUCGGCCAGUGAGUUUGCGACAUGCCAUAGCCACUGUUGUCAUCACUGGGGUUGUGUGUGGCAUCGUAUGCCUUAUGAUGUUGGCAGCUGCGAUUUAUGGUUGUGCCUAUGCUGCAGUUAUGGCAAAAUAUCAUCGAGGGCUGAAGGAGGUGGAACGCUUGGCUCCAGUGGCAGAACACGGGAGUCCGGAAGAAAAAGAGCCGCUUGAUGGCACAUUGGCUUGAACUGCAGCUGUUUUCUUUUCUUUUUCAUGAAUGAAACAGAUUUAUUUAUAUAAUUUUGUAUAUUUCUGGAAAUCUCAAAACAUAACUAGAACUGUCCAUUUAUGAACAUUUACUUUUUAUGACUGUGUAAUAGUACAAAGGUGAGCUUGCAUUAAAACAUAAUAUACAAUAUAUAAUAUAAAGUAAGGACUUAGGUUUGUAGCGGUUUGCCUUCAUUUAAAAUAUCUCAUAUUUAUGUAUUCGUAUUAGUAUCUUAAAUAGGUUUACUCAAUUUAAAAAUAUACCUGCUAACUGUACACAAUGGUGGAGAUUUAGAAGUUUUUGGAGAGCGAUAACAUGGAUAUAAAAGGGCAGAUUUAUUAAGCCUGGUGAAGUGAUAAAGUGGAAGGUGAUAAAGCACCAGCCAGUCAGCUUCGAGAGGGGGGUACUGACGGAGCGAUAUUCUAAGCAAUCUGACUAGAUUGCUUAGAAUAUAAGCCUGAUUGCUCCGUGUGUACCCCUUACAGCGAUAGCGAUGCGCAGCCCCGCGCAUCGCUAUCGCUGCUGCUAGAUUGGCCUGCCAUGCAGGCCAAUCUAGCGGGUCGCUCACUUCACCCGCUGGGUGAAGUGAGCGGCCCCCGUCUCCCCCCGCACGCUCAGCACAGAUCGCGAUGUGCUGAGCGGCGGGAAAGAUGUGUGCUGAGCGGUUCGCUCAGCACACAUCUCUCCCCGCAUCGGCCCGUCUAUAUGGGCCUUAACUGUCAUUUUUCAAACCCAGCCUGUGAUAUGGUAGUUAGGAGCUGACUGGCUGGUGCUUUAUCGAUGUGCAAUUUAUCACUUCACCAGGCUUAAUAAAUCUGCCCCACAGUACCAUCCACUGUGUUUGAAAAAUGAGUUAGGAGCUGAUUGGUUGGUACUUUGGGGGUAAUUCAAGUCGCAUUGCUAAGUGAUGCGACUGCAAUAACCCCGGCGGUGGCGGCAAUGUGCACGCACAGGAACCGUCCCGCGUGUGCGCUAUAUUGACAGGAAGAGGCAUUUGCGGGGCGGCGAUGGAGCAUUGCGGGGGCAAAACGGGGACAUGACGGCAGAGUGUUCGGGCAGCUGGGUGACAUCACACGCAGCCGCUCCGAUCAAGAAAAUGAUGGCCGCCUAGCUGCGGCUGUAGGGGUUUGUCCACAGUUGCUGCGACUGCAAUUAAAUUGCGUUUGCAUCUGCUGGGCAGGCCAUUUAGCAUGCUGGAUGGCCUUACCCUGUGAUGAGCGGCCUCCAUCAUGCGAUAGAAAGGAUUGCAGAGUCUGCUUUUUAGCAGAAUCUGCAAUCCAUUCCGAAUAACCCCCAUUAUCUCUUUCCACAUUACCUAGAAGCAGAGAAUUUGACGGCAUAUAAGAACUACUUGGCCCAUCUAGUCUGCCCAUGUACAUACACACACUUACACACUAGGGUUAAUUUUUUGUAGGGAGACAAUUAACCUGCCAAUAUAUCUUUGGAUUGUGGGAAGAAACCGGAGUACCUAAAAAAAACCAUGCAAGUAUCGGGAGAAUAUACAAACUCCACACAGUUAGGGCCAUGGUGAGACUUAAACCCAUCACCUCAGUGCCUUGAGGCAGUAAUGCUAACCAUUAUACCAUCCAUACCGCCCUCCAAGCUUUGAAAAAAUCUCUUCCAGUGUGAGGUAGACAUAUUGUGGGCUGAACCACUAUUCAUAUAAAAGCAGGAUAUAAUAUUGAUCUAGCACACAAUAUGGCUGCCCCUACUCUAUGUAAGUAUUGAGCACUUUCUAAACAUAUUUGUGAAAAGAGGUUUCUAAUUUAAUUAAUUAAGAAACUUCUGGGAAUUUUAUGGUUUGUGUUAGAAAUGUCAUCUUUAUGUGUGAAAGAAAUGAGAGUACACAAGGACAAAAUAAAUUCUAGAUUUUUUUUUUAAAUCUUUAACGUAGCUUAGUAUAAGAGAAGGCUCACAUAAGAGAGCCAAGGGUUACUCAAUGAACUUCAGUAGAGGAAUAAAAUGAAAAUAACUUCAGUGUACAAAAAUAUUAAAAUCCUUAAAACCAGAGUA